GUCCUCCCCCACUUAUCGGGAAGACCAAUAGCUGAUAUACCAGUACAGGCAAUCAUUCCCUGCCCUGCCAUGUUGACUGCACUUUCGAGCGGACACAGUCGAUGUCGGUAAGACCCCGCUUUACGUACCCAUCAAACGACACAUUCGACUUCGACGAAUAUCUUCUCAAUUCCGGAUUGCACAAUCCAGUUGUUCAGCUUGGGGUGCUUCGAAGUUGUUCUACGAUCAGUCGCCAAGCUCUACGAGGCCCGAUCCUUCGGUACGGUAUAAGAGUUUCGACGCACUCUGCUCUUUUCCACGAGUCUUUCCGGAGCCAUCAGAAGAUAAAUACAGCUCUCCUGAUGAGUCUGACAACCCUCAGUCAGCAGCCACGUACAACGGCUGAGGCGGUAGAGGCUUCAGCUAGUCGCGUAGCUAGAUACUCUAGAGACAGGCUGCCUCAUCGAUCGAGAGCACAUUAUGGUGUUCCAUCGGGCUCGGUAUUUCCAACGCUCAAUAGCAUCUCUCUUCCAUCGUACAGGCCAGGCGUUCAGUCGGCGUCUUACAUGCCGAAGACUCAUUCGGUGAGUCCUGCAUGCAGCGCCGCCUGCAUCUUACUCUCUUUUGCAGCAUCGUGCUGACGGAUGAAGUGGACCACGCAUGAAUCAACAACAUAAUCGUCGAGGUGUGGACAGCCUGACCGUGGCAUGACCCAAACACAGCUUGAUAAAGACGUUUUGAGAG